UUCAAAUAAAUAUAUGGUAAGACUUUACAAGUUGUCGGAUAGGUUACAUUGGACUUAACUUCUUCUGUAGAUGCUUGUCUUAAACCAAUUAGCCAACUGAUAUUUACACUUAUUUCUUAUGCAAAGCUAGUUAUGGUAUAAAAAGUGUUAGUCUUUAGCCAAUUUGAUAGAUCUUAAUAAUCCCAAAGAAGUUUUAUGCAAUGUUAUAGCCAAAGAAGAGCACAGUUUUAGUAGAUCCGACAGCCCAACCAGUAUUAUCAAGCCCAAGAACUAUGGAAGCCUGCAACAAACUUGGAUACACGCUUGAAGAGCUAAAGUUCAAGACCAAACAUGAGCUAAAGAUUAAAAUGGGAGAUCUUCAGGUUACCAAAGAGGUCCUUGACAUCAGGUGGAACGCAUAUGAAGAUAACAGGAAGAAUAAGAUUAAUAAAGUGAUGGACGAAAGAAGAAAAAUAAUUGAGAAAAAUGAAGAAUAUAUCAGUUCUGCAGCAUUGCUAACUUCCAUCGACCGUAACUCACCUCAAAGACUUAAGGACAUCAAGCUGCAUAAUAGUGUUUUAUACCAGGAUAUCGAGAACAUGAUUGAAGAGGAUGAGGAAAUCAGGAAGCAGAAACUAGAAAUCGAGAAAAUCAAGCAAGAUCAUCAAAAGGAACUUGAGAAGUACCUCAAACAGGAAAUUAACAAUGAGUUCUCUAUGGAUACCGUGAAUAAAAGCGCUCAGGAAUUCGCCAAGGAAAACUUGCUGAAAAAGAAACAGAAGGAAAUAGAAGAAAUCAAGAUGCAUGCCCAGAUCAAGAGACAACAAUUUGAAGAAAGAGAAAAGAAGGCUAAAGAGAAGGAAAUGCAAGACAAAAUGGAGCAAAUGGACCGUCUUGAGGAAGAACGCAAGGGCUUACAACAAGACUAUGACCUCCAAGAACAGAAGAUGAAAGAGUCACAUAAGAAGUUAAUGGAUAGAAUGAAGAGAGAUAACAUGACAAAGCAACAAAUCGACCAAUUCAGAGCAGAACAAAAGAAUAAGAUGGAAGAGAGAAGGUCAGUGUUCGACAGAAAGGUAAUUUACUUCUUGACAUCCCUACAGUUAUCCAAUAUUGAAGAUAGAAUACAAAACGUACACAGAAGUAGAGAAAGGAUAGUACAGUCAAUAAAGCAAGACCAUGACCAAAGGAUGACAAAGACACAGGAAAAGUUCCAUAACAACCUCAGAUCUUUCCAGAACAACAUCAGCGUGAAGUACAACAAAAAGGUUGAGAGGGCUCAGGAACAACUGGCUAAACUUGAAAAUAUCAAGGAAGAAGAGAUUCAUAAAAGGAAAAAGAUAAGUUAUCACAACAAAGAAAAGGUUAAACAAAAGCAUGAUGAGUUAAUGGCCAUGCGCUUAAGGGAGCUCAAGCGUAAGAACAGACAAACCGAGCAGCACUUCCUUAGCUCCCAGAAUAAGAGAAAGCAGGAGCUUGAGGAGAAGAGAAAGGAAGCUGAACUUAGAGAGAAGCACAGGGAAGAAGUCAGAAGUAGAGUUAACCAAGAAUUCCAAGAGAAACUCCACAAGACAAGCGUUAAACUGGAGAAAAUAGAUGAGAAAGCAGAACGAGUCAAAAGAGAGAAGGAAAAGGAAAGACUCCUGGCUAUAGAGCUAGAAGCUAUCAGGAGAAGAGAGAGGGAAGAAGAAGCAAAGAGGAUCCUCAGAGCUGAAGAAUAUAAGAGAAACCAAGAUGCAAAUGAGAAAGAGAAACAACAUAUCAAAGCAACCUAUCUAAUGUCCAAAAGAAAGGAAGUCAAAGAGCUUAGGAAGACAGUCAGACAGAAUGCUUUACUGUAUAAAGAAAAGGUGAAACAGGAGGUGUCAAAGCUUAAGAAGAAGAGAAAGUUGAGUCCUGACAGAAUUCAUAUCAAUGUUGACCCUUACUCCACAGAUAAGAUGUAUAUCUCUCAUGAUACUAGCAAAUCUAGCAGCCAACCGGACAUAAAUAGCAUCAAAAGAAAGGGAAGAAAGUUUGCUCCAUCCGGAAGUUACGUAUCUUCAGACAAAGACCAAGAAAGAGGAAACUAGACAUUUAUUCA